UCUUUGUGACGACCCGAAUAAUGUUGCGGCAAAUUUUCGGAGUGGCAAGAACCAACGCAGGUGGGGCGCGUCCAUCAUGAUCUCAGGUGCCCGUGGUGUUUUCGGCCUGGGUUGGAGAAUGCGACGCGUUGCCUCUACGACCAGAGCAACGGGGGGCAAAAAUCGGGCGGGAAUAUUUCGUCACGUGACUUGGUUGGACUCGCCGACGUGCCAGGAAAGGCUCAGUGCGCUGAACGUUCUCUCGACGACCGGAGCAACUUUUGUCCGCAGCAGUCUCCAACCCAUCGGACGACGCCUGCUUCUGUCUCACGAAGGUGCCUCCUCAAGGAGGAGCUGAGAAGAUGAGGAGCGCAGCCGCGUGUCUGGGCGUGCUGGCCUGCCUGCUGGGCGCGGCCACUGCCGGUUACCACCAGCCCUGGAAGCCGGACGAGAUCGUCAAGCUGGUCCACAAGGUGGUCCCGUACCCGCAUCCCGUGCCGGUGCCCAAACCCUUCCCGGUGCCUAAGGUGAUCCACGUGCCACAUGUGGUACACGUGCCACACGCGGUGCCUGUACCGGUGAAGGUGCCCGUCGUCAAGAAGAUCCCUAAACUGGUCCCCGUGGCCAAGUACGUCCCAGUCCCGAAGCCCGUGCCCGUGCCGCACUACGUUAGCGUAGGCGUGCCAGUGCCGGUCAUCAAGCACCAGCCGGUGCCAAUCUACAAGCACGUGCCGGUACCACGCGUCGUGCCGGUGCCGGUGCCCGUCAAGGUGCCCAAGCUGGUGCCUGUCCCCGUGCACAAAGUCAUCCACGUGCCCAAGCCCGUCCAUGUGCCAGUCAAGGUGCCCGUCUUCAAGGAGAUCAUCGUCAAGAAGCCCGUCGAAGUGCCCGUCCCAGUCUACAUUAAGAAGCACACGCACUACGGCGGCGGAGGCUACGGCGGAGGUGGCUUCGGAGGAGGCGGCUUCGGCGGGGGCGGCUUCGGUGGUGGCUACGGCGGCGGCGGCUACGGUGGUGGCUACGGCGGCGGCUACGGCGGUGGAUUCGGUGGUGGCUACGGAGGCGGCCAUGGCUGGCACUGAAGAGCGUCGACAGUCUAGCACGUGCCACGACCAUUCUAGAUGCGUUCGGACCAACCCAAGGGACAUAAAAGGAAGUGAACGCCGGCUCCCCGCUUUCCGCUCGCCGUCGCCCUUCCGUUGCGUCACAUCCUCGCGUGCGCAAUGACGUCAAAGGAUGCUGGCUGCCGUCACGAGCGGAGAGUGGGGAAGCGGGAGAGAGAAAGGGGAUUACUCAACCGUACCCCUUUCUCAGAAGGGAACGCUUUAGCUAAACAAAUUUUUCGAAGAAUCUUCUUUCCUUCGCUUUUGAAACAGUAGAAAACAAUUUCAACAACGCAGGGCUUUGCCGUUAGGGUUGUUCUAAUCACUGAUGUAGAAAGUGCAUUUCGUGUUUAUUCACACCACAAAACAUGGGUGAUGUUACGACUUAUGAGUGCCAUUGGCAGUUUGUUGCUCGAUUCCGCGUCGCAGGGCGCGAAUGCGAGCCAACCGCCUUGACUGUCACUCGAAAGACUUUGUUUUCAAAGCUCUUCAUCGAGAUGACUGCACUCGAGAACGACUGACAGACCGCGAUUCACGAGGUCUGAUAAAAAACUAAACAAUGAUCUAGAUGCCGAGGAUAUGGUAGGUGCCUUCGAAGUAUGUGAAACUACGCGAGUUUGUACAGCGGAAGCAGGUUUUCAAAAAAAAAAAAGUGCUAAUGAAACCACGUCAGAACCAGUACAGCUUACGUAUAUUCCCUGUUGCCAGCCCCAGUCAACGUUAUUUUUGUUACUUUUUUUCGCGUUCCCUGACAAAACUGCAAGCGCACAGCUAGCUCUUAAUUUCCAGUAGGAAGGAACUCGAAGGUAAAUAGGGCUAUACAUCUUGUAUACUAUUGCGCGUCCUUUGCGCCUCGCUCCCUCAGUAGCGUAGUGUUCUUUAGAGCCUUCUUCAAAGUCUGACCUCACCCCUCCCCCUCAGCCCCUCCCCGUUUCCACUUCCCCUUUCCUGGUCACAGGGAGCCACACUGGGUCGGUCAAAACUUGACCACCAAGUGCCUUCGUUCCCCUCGUUAGUAUUCACAUCUUCUUUUGUUUCCCGUUCUACGCCGGCUCACGCAGCCUUGACGCUUCUGUAAAAAGAACCUUUAGGUCUGUCUCGUUCUCACUUUCUUUCAUGAAACUUUUGUUUACUUCACGUUUUUUUGUUCUUUAGUUCUGUUUUUCAUAGGAGCACGUGCAAUCUUCAAAUGGUUCGCGCACCGCUUGGCGGUUCGUCGUUUUUGAACAUUUCUAAAGAAAUGACGCACACGCAUACCAAACGUUUUCUUCCGCUUGCUGUCGCAGACACCGGCUACGCUGCUUGUAUGAUAGCGCGAUGAGAAAUCGACACUAAAGAAAUUGUAUGGCCACGUUGUUUCGUGAUAAUCUGUUAACCGCCUUAUUGGACAUUUGCAAUACUCGAUUAUCGAGCCGAGACAAGUGUACUUGCGCGCAUUGCUCCUGUCAUUUUCCUUGAGUUGUGUAUAUAUGUAAUUCAUUUUUUAUUCCUGUUUUUUUAUUAUUACCAACUAUGUCGAAUAAAGAAAACGUUGUUGUAUUUAAAAAAAAAA